CCAACACCCCCAUCUCCAUUUUCCUUCCCUUUUCCAUUUUGCAUCUUUUAUCGACCAAAUCCAGGCCGCGUGAUACCCUCUCCCGUCCUUUGCAUACAACCCGUCGACAACAAAGCACCGUCCGUCGACAUCACACUCAACUAUUCAACAACUUAAUCUCUCCUCCCCUAUUCACACAACCACCAAACCGACGCCAUGUCUGCUGAACUCCGCCGAAAGCUCGUCAUCGUUGGCGAUGGUGCCUGCGGCAAGACCUGUUUGUUGAUCGUCUUCUCCAAGGGAACCUUCCCCGAGGUCUACGUCCCUACCGUGUUCGAGAACUACGUCGCCGAUGUCGAGGUUGAUGGCAGACACGUCGAGCUCGCGCUAUGGGAUACGGCUGGUCAGGAGGAUUAUGACCGUCUCCGUCCCCUGUCCUACCCCGACUCUCACGUCGUCUUGAUCUGCUUCGCCAUCGACUCUCCCGAUUCGCUCGACAACGUUUCCGAGAAGUGGCACUCUGAGGUUCUUCACUUCUGCCGUGACGUCCCAAUCAUCCUCGUUGGCUGCAAGAAGGAUUUGCGCCACGACCCCAAGACCAUUGAGGAGCUCCGCAAGACCAGCCAGAAGCCCGUUUCCCCCGAAGAGGGUGAGGCUCUGAGGAAGAGGAUCAACGCCCACAAGUACCUCGAGUGCUCGGCCAAGACCAACGAGGGUGUCCGUGAGGUGUUCGAGAACGCGACAAGAGCCGCCCUCCUCAAGAAGACAAAGACGAAGAGGGGCCUCUGCAAGAGCUCGGUCUAAACAAACCC